CGGCAUACAUACAUUUUAAACUUUUUAGGAUUUUUAACCCUUCAGGUUGUUUUUAAAACUCACUAUUCUAGUUAAUGAUGCUCUGGAGAGCGUUGGCACUGGUUCUGGUGCUGGUGCUGGUGUUUGGACAUGGAGCCGGUGGUGGUAAAGUUGCUGAUCCUCAGCCGGGCAUUUCGGACCAGGACCUGUGGUGGGGCGCCGACCAGUACGACUUCGCCAUCGUGCUGCGCGCCGCCGGGCUGGAGUGCUUCUGGCACAUGGCACACAAAGGGGAACAGUUCUACCUCAACUACAUGGUCCAGUGGGUGACGGGUGUGGCCAAUGACAGGCACCUGGCGGUGACGGUGAACUCCCCGAAGGGCCUGCUGGUGGGGGAGGCGCAUGAGGCCACCGGAGAGAUCAAAUUCGAGGCCGAGGAGACCGGCUUCUAUCAGAUGUGCCUCAGCAACUUCCACAACCGCUUUGGCAGCAUGCAGAUCUUCCUGAACUUCGGCGUGUACUACGAGGGCCUGGAGGAGACGCAGAAGCAGAAGGAGGAAGAGGAGGCCAAGAGGAAGGAGGACAUGAAGGAGCUCAACAGCACCAUCAGCACUAUGGAGGACUCCUCUGUGAGGCUGCAGAGCUUCGUGUUCCACAUGUGGCGCCACUACAACUUCGCCCGCAUGCGUCGUGGCACAGACUACUACCUGCUGAUGUCCAACUCCGCCUACGUGACCUACUGGUCUGCAGCCCAGAGCGCGGUCAUCCUGCUGUCAGGGUACCUGCAGCUGCUCUUCCUCAAGAGGCUCUUCAACACCAAGCCCACCACAGAGACAGAGAAGCCACGCUGCUGA